GCCUCUAUAAAAACCUGCGAGUCUUUAGUGUUGUCUAAUUUAAUCUCUCAGACACCUGAAACUCCAUUGUAUUUUCAUCAUCUUGAAUCCUCUCCACCCAUAAUCACCAUAAUGGACGGUGAUCGUUCCGUUCAUGAUGACACCAAGACCCCACUUCUCCCCAUCCAUGAUCAGAUCAUCCAACGCUCACCAAGCUCGACCUCCAGCUCCCGUCCAUCUCUAAUUACAUCCCUUUUCACACCAAAUAACAUGUAUAUCCUCUUAGGACCGCUUUUGUGCGCAGUUAUAUGCUUAUGUGUCAAAUUGGAGGGUGCUCCGACGACUAGCCGGAACAUGCUGGCAGUACUUGCUUGGGUCUUUGCUUGGUGGGUGACGGAGGCCAUUCCUAUGCCGAUCACCUCCAUGUCUCUGCUUUUUCUCUUCCCUCUCUUCGGAAUCGCCUCCGCGGACAGCGUUGCCAAGUCGUUUAUGGAUGAUGUGAUUGCUCUUGUUCUUGGUAGCUUCAUUUUAGCUCUCGCUGUUGAGCAUUACAACAUUCACAGAAGAUUGGCCUUGAAUAUGACAUACUUGUUCUGCGGCGACCCGGUGAACCCACCGCUCCUGCUCCUGGGGAUCUGUGCCACGACGGCGUUCGUCAGCAUGUGGAUGCACAACGUGGCGGCGGCGAUGAUGAUGAUGCCAGUGGCGACGGGUAUCCUACAGCGGCUCCCGACGGGUCCCACGCAGUCAGACGCGGUUGGUAAGUUCUGCAGGGCAGUUGUGUUGGGGGUGACAUACUCUGCGGCAGUAGGAGGGAUGAGCACGCUGACGGGGACAGGUGUCAACUUGAUAUUGGUUGGGAUGUGGAAGAGCUAUUUCCCACUGGCCAACCCCAUAAGCUUCAGCACAUGGUUUUUUUUUGGGUUUCCAUUGGCAGUCUUGAUUUUCAUAGCUUUGUGGGGUAUACUCUGUUUGUUAUACUGCUCAAGAGGGUCAGCCCAGGUUCUCUCUCUUUACUUGGACAGAGCCCAUUUGAAGAGAGAGCUUGAAUUGUUAGGUCCCAUGGCCUUUGCCGAGAAGAUGGUAUUAGCAGUGUUUGGGAUGCUGGUAGUAUUAUGGAUGACAAGGAGCAUAACAGAUGACAUUCCUGGAUGGGGAAUUCUGUUCAAUGACAGAGCUGGUGAUGGAACUGCCAGUGUUUUGAUGGCAACACUAUUGUUCAUAAUUCCAAACAUGAAGCAAAAGGGGGAGAAACUGAUGGACUGGAACAAGUGCAAGAAGCUACCAUGGAACAUAAUAUUACUUCUAGGAGCUGGUUUUGCAAUAGCUGAUGGAGUCAGGAGUAGUGGACUUGCUGAUAUUCUUUCAAAAUCAUUGGACUUCUUAGAGCAGGCACCAUACCUAGCCAUUGCACCUAUUGUUUGUCUCAUAAGUGCCAGCAUCACUGAAUUCACAUCAAACAAUGCAACAACAACUCUCGUUGUUCCUCUGCUUAUUCAAAUAGCCCAGACCAUGAAUCUCCACCCACUACUUCUUAUGGUCCCUGGAGCCAUUGGAGCUCAGUUUUCUUUCUUGCUCCCAACAGGAACCCCUUCCAAUAUUGUUGGGUUCAGCACUGGACAUAUUGAGAUUAAAGACAUGAUCAAGAUUGGUUUGCCUCUUAAGAUUUUUGGCAUUGCAGCACUUUCCCUUCUAAUGCCUACACUUGGGGCUUAUGUCUUUGGGAGUAUUGAAGUUGUUCAGUAAUUGCUGUUUUGUUUUCAGAAGCUUCAGAUGCUCAAACGACGACUGCAAUUCACCGGUUAAAGAGUUUUGGAAUUAAUGCAUAUUUUCUCACUUUUAUGAAUGGUAGAAAGUUCGAAUUUGUACAUUAUACCAUGUAAGGAUUAGAGGAGUUUAAGAAGGAAGAAAAGGUUGCUUUGGUUGACGAAGGAGGAGCAUAGAGAUUUCUACUUUCUAGGCUCUUGUUUUUCGGCCAUCUUAAAGUUGGGCCAAGAUUAGAUUGAAUAUGGAUCUUCAUUAAAAGUUGGGCCACUGGGCCAGAAAUAGAACAAGCACCUGUGAGAAUCCAA